GUAAGUAAUAGCAAUAUUCGUCCAUCGGCCGUCACUUUUUAAAUUGCUUAAGGUUAUGGAAUUAUUCUUCCAUGGACCAUUACUACGGCGGAAUUACUCAAAACGUCGGUUAGCAUAAGAAUGAACUUGGACUAACAUCUUCAUAACUAUGAACACAAAGAACUUUCGAAAGUUCCCAUAACUCUUUUUCUCUACAUACUCCACGUAAUGAACGUUUUGAAACCCAUAAUCCUUUCCAGCUUUUUGAUUUAGUUAUACAGGUUUGAAUAGUUGGCAGUCGGCCUUAAUUGUUAUCGUGCAAUAGAAUUUUAUCGAUUUCGUAAUUUGAAGAAAUUUCAAAACGUCAUGGUUUUGUUAAAAUUUUCUGUAAACUUGACACAUUUGGCCGAAUUGUUUCACAUAGUUCAUCGUAUAAUUGUUAAAUUCAAAAAAUAUUUAAAAAAUCAUAAUUUUUGAAUUUGCAACUGAAUAAUCUAAUUGUAAAAUGAGUGAAGGAGAAAUAAAAUCAGAUUUAUCCGAUCCCAUUGGAUUCCUUAAGGACUUCAUGGCUGGUGGCAUAUCCGCAGCUAUAGCCAAAACUGCAAUGGCACCGAUUGAACGUGUCAAAUUGCUUUUGCAAGUACAAGCUAUAUCUAAGCAAAUUUCAGCGGAGAAGCAAUACAAGGGAAUGAUUGAUUGUUUUGUAAGAAUACCACGUGAACAAGGAUUCUUAUCAUUUUGGCGUGGAAAUCUUGCCAAUGUCAUAAGAUAUUUUCCCACCCAAGCAUUGAAUUUUGCGUUUAAGGAUAAAUAUAAACAGAUAUUCCUCAGUGGUAUAGACAAAAAGGAACAGAAGGGACGUUAUUUCUUAGGCAAUUUGAUGUCUGGCGGUGCGGCUGGUGCCACAUCCCUUAUAUUUGUGUAUCCAUUGGAUUUUGCACGUACUCGCUUGGCUGCUGACGUUGGAAAGGCAGGACAACGUGAAUUCAAUGGGCUCUUUGACUGUAUAAUGAAGAUUUUCAAGAGUGACGGGUUUAUAGGAUUGUAUAGAGGUUUCGUUGUUUCCGUACAAGGAAUUAUAAUGUAUCGUGGUGCUUAUUUCGGUUGUUAUGACACGGCACGUGAACUUAUGCCAGAUCCUAAAAAUUCUCCGCUAUAUGUGAAUUUCUUAAUUGCGGAAGCUGUUACUACCUUUGCGGGCAUAGUGUCUUACCCAUUUGAUACUGUACGUCGUCGUAUGAUGAUGCAGUCAGGUGUUAAGGCUGGCGACCGUAUUUACAAAAAUACAGCGCAUUGUUGGUUAGUUAUUGCAAAAACAGAAGGUCCUUUUGCUUUCUUCAAAGGCGCAUUCUCGAAUAUUUUACGUGGAACUGGUGGAGCACUUGUACUGGUGAUGUAUGAUGAGAUUAAAAAGCUAAUGGGUUAAUCCCAGAUUUUUAGAAAUUAACUUUCAAAAGAGUUUAUGCAGUAUGUACAGAGGAAACAUCACUACUCGAAACGUAGUAAUUCAUUGAUAAGAAACAUAUCUGAGUAUUCUUAUAUAUGAAUUACUUAUUAUUCGAGUUUUGAAGUUUCGGCUGCUAGUCUAUUAUAAAUUACAUAUUAAUGUUCUAAAUGAAAACCUGUCUUUUUCAUAUUAAAACUUUUCUUUUUAUAA